ACUCAUUUUACCACAACUCUCAUUCUCUUCUCUCUCGAUUCUUAAGCAGUAACCAAAACAGAGAAACAAAAAAAAUGGCUUUCUUCUCCACCGCGACAUCUCUUCUCCUCCUCGUUCUCUCUGUUUCCUCUCCUUAUGUUCAUGGAAACAUUGUACCAGCCGACGAGUGUGACACCAUUAAUUAUACCCUGUUGCCAUGUUUACCUUUUAUAACGAUCGGGGGUCCGGCGGAUACACCCUCAGCUUCAUGCUGCUCCAGUCUCCAGACUAUUCUCGGUACGAAACCGGAAUGUCUAUGCAAAGGGUUGAAGAACCCACCUUUGGGAAUCAAACUCAACGUUACUAGAUCUACUACUCUCCCCGUUGUUUGUAAACUUAAUGCUCCUCCGGCGUCAGCUUGUGAUGCAUUGGCUCCUGCUAGUCCUCCUGCUGCUACUCCUCCUACUGCUAAUGGGCAAGCUCCAGUUACUUCUGCUGGAUGGGGAUCAGGAUGGGGACCAUCCUCUGCUCCAGCUCCAAGCCCUUCUAAAGGAAAUUCAUUGAUCCCAAUCUCUGGCUUUUCCUUUGUAAUCAGUACCGCAUUGGCCAUGUUGUUCCCCCGUAUCUAAAACCCGACAGCCCUAACCUUCUAGUCGAGAGUUAGACCGUAGCUUAUCAUUAGUUAUGAUGUUUCAAUAAUUCCAUUAAGACGUAUCAUCUUUCCAUUAAGAAUUGUUUUUUUUUUAA